AACCCCCGCAGCCAGUUCAUCAACCUCUAUUGCAUGAGCAACAGCAACAUGGUCCCACCACAAGCGACAGAGAGCUCGGCUCCUACAAGCCAUGGUUCUGUCGACUACGACCAAACUUUGAAGUAUUGGGGCGGUGUUAGCGCUGACGAUUGUGGCAUGCUUGGUGGAGUUCCAAAGUGGAAGGGCUUUGCCAAUAUUAAUAAGGUUGAUCUACAUGGAUCCCGGAGCUUUUUGGCCAAGUUGGGAAUUGGAGAAAACAAUGGCCGUCAGAUCGUGGAAAAUGCGCUUGAAGGAGGCGCAGGGAUCGGUAGGGUUACCGAGGGUCUACUUCUCCACGUUGCCAAGGAGGUUGACAUCAUCGAACCAAUUCCUAAAUUUACCCUCGCGUUGCACGGAAAACCAGGCAUUCGUUCGAUUCAGAAUAUCAGUAUGAGCGCGUGGCGGCCAGAUCCACUUGUUUCCUAUGGCCUUGUCUGGAUUCAAUGGUGUCUUGGAUACCUUACAGAUGAAGAACUCUUGGAGCAUCUCGGACAUUGCAAAUCAGCACUCAAAAGUCCUGACGGAUUGAUUGUCAUCAAAGAAAACAUCAGUACAAGCGGACAGGACAUAUAUGAUGAUGAGGACGGUGGUGUCACGAGGGGCGAUGGUAAAUUCCGAAAACUAUUUAAGGAGGCGGGAUUGCGUAUCGUCAAGGUUGAGAUUCAAAAAGGAAUGAAUCCACCCAAUGCGGAGAAGCUGUUUCCAGUCAAAAUGUAUGCUUUGAAGCCAGAAGCUUUGGAGCUAGAAAAAUAACAGUGAUGCCAAUAACAAAUUGAACUUCAAAUCGAGCUUAUUUUACCCA